ACUAAAGAUGCUGGACAACAUUCUAUAUAGAGUGUGUAAAGAUCUAAGUACUGGCAAGAAAAGAUACCAGUUUGUAACUCCCUCGUCUCUGAUAGACCAAGCACUUCAUGGCGUUCACAAUGAGGCUGGACAUCAAGGCCAACACCGGACAUUGCACCUGGCCAGGCAACGAUUCUUUUGGCUCGGUAUGGAGCACAGUGUUCGUGAAUAUGUCAAAUGCUGCAAACGUUGUGUUGUGAGCAAAACUCCUGAACCCGAGGGUCGAGCCCCCCUAGAGAGCAUAAAAACUACAAGCCCUCUGGAGUUAGUGUGCCUCGACUUCUGGUCUGCAGAAGAUGCAAGGGGUCGAACUGUUGAUGUGUUGGUGGUAACCGACCAUUUUACUAAGAUGGCCCAUGCUUUUCAGUGCCCAGACCAAACCGCCAAACAAGUGGCUCGCAAGCUAUGGGACAGAUACUUUUGUAUUUAUGGUUUCCCUCAAAGAAUCCAUUCGGAUCAGGGGGCCAAUUUCGAGAGUCAGUUGAUCCAAGAAUUGCUGCAAGUGGCAGGGGUAAAGAAGUCGAGGACCACCCCGUAUCAUCCGAUGGGCAACGGCCAGACCGAGAGGUUUAACAGAACCCUUGGUAAUAUGAUCAGAGCCUUGCCACCCCGCGACAAGUGCAUGUGGCCACAGAUGUUGCAGACAUUGACUUUUGCUUACAAUUGUACUGUCCAUGAGUCAACUGGUUAUGCGCCUUUCUAUUUGAUGUUUGGUCGGAUUCCUCGCCUCCCAGUCGAUGUCAUGUUUCACAAUGUGGAAAGGGAUAAUGAAGUCACGGAUUACCACAGCUACACAAAAAGAGUCAGAGAGGACCUUAAAGAGGCUUUAGCUGCUGCUCAGGCUAAUGCCUACUCCAGCCAGCAACAUCAGGCCCAGUUGUACAACCUAAAAACAAGGGGCACGGACAUAGUUGACGGGGAUCAAGUACUCUUGGCUAAUAAAGGGGAACGUGGCCGUAGGAAGCUUGCAGACAAGUGGUCCUCUAACAUCUACAUUGUUGUGUCUCAUGAUCCCAGAUGCCAUACUUACCGCAUCAAAGACGCAGCAACUGGACAAGAGAAAGUAGUCCAUCGCAACUUACUUCUGGCAGCAAACUUCCUGCCACUGGAGUUGGACAAAGAGCAAGAGUCAGUGUUUUCCUCUGACAUCACCCCAGAUCCAAGUACUGUUAACGGUGGUGACCAGGAUGUCUCACUUGUGUAUUCAGAGAGUAAUGGAUUGGACCGCACUGCUGAUUGGGUGGCAAAUACCACCUCAAACCCUGAAGACCUCCAGGAUGCUGAAAGUUGUGUCAGGAAUCUUCAAUCAGGAGCAAGCGAUGCUGAGAGUCUUGGAGAGAUCGGAAGCGACUCGGCUAAAUGUCCAGACUCGCCGCAUAACCAGCCAGGAACUGACGAAGAAGCAGUUGUUAUAAGUCCUGGUAGGCCAACAACUCCAACAACUGGUGCUGUAAGCCUUGUCAGAUCCAGGGCUGGCAGGAUAAUCAAACCAGUUAACAGACUGAUACAACACAUGGCACAAAGGAACACACAGACACGUAAUGCAGUCCAUGGAUUUACAAGGAGUUUAUUUUUGUAGGAGUAGACAACUUUUGUUUGUGAAUAGAGUAUGGUAGUAUUACACCUCUGUAAAUAAGUCAACGCCCAUUAGCUAAACUGUAUGGGAGAGUAACAGCCACUAACUGUGAGAUUGUGUUUACGGCACAAUCUUUUAGCAAGCAGGCAUUGUUGAGUCUGGCCAACUUUCCAAUGUUGCUUUUCCUUUCCUAGAGGAAGACCUUGAAUGUCGCUCAAGUGUGUGUGGUCGUUGUCUGUCAGAUGGCAAGAAUGUUAUUCUGUGUCCAGUCUUGAUUAAUGUUGGGACGGUUUUGAGAAGUUCAGGGGGGAGUAUGUAGCAGAGUUAAUCUUAUUAAUUUAUUUUAUUUUUCUUGAUGAACCUUCUCAAAACUAAUUUUAUUUGAAUUGACAUGUCUGUCAUAUUAUUUAUAAAAUAAUAUGUUCAUUUAAUAAAAUAAUAUAUAGUUUUAUAUAUUAUUUCUGUUUUAUCUUGCUUUCAUUUUUGUCCCUAGUUUGUAAAAAAGUCAUCCUCAUCUAUGAAUAUUUGUUUUCCUUUGUUUUUAAUUGUAUUUUAUUUUGGUGGGGAAGCUUUUAUUUUCUUACUUCCUGAUUUUGCGUUAUAUGCUGUGUGUUCCCGCUGCCCUCCUCAGUUCGCGCCUAGCUGCGCUGGGGAGAGGUAAGUGUACAGAGUUGUCUUUCAUUUCAGUAUUAAAACAUUGAAAACGUUCUAAAAAUAUGUUAUAAACUCACAUAUAUAUAUAUUUAUGUUUAGCGCAGCACUAUGCUGGGCAUUUGUCUCCCACAUUGGUGAUACCCAUCAAGUUUUCUGUAUCAACACGUUUAUUUUUUUUUUCUUUUGGCUGGUUAGGGUGUUUGUGGAGAAUCCAGAACCCAGGAGCUGCUGUGUUUAAAAUGUUCUUGUUUUGAACAGUUCGCGCCUAGCUGCGCUGGGGAGAGGGUGUUUGUGGAGAAUCCAGAACCCAGGAGCUGCUGUGUUUAAAAUGUUCUUGUUUUGAACAGGAAUAAAGUUAUCCUGAAUCCUGA